AUGGAUUUAAUGGAAUCAAUCAAGAAAGACAAAGCAUAUGCUAAAUUUAAGUUAAUAGUAAAAAAUUGGGAAAAAGACUUCAAAACAAAACAUUCUCGGACGCCGUCGAAAUUCGAUAUAAAAGAAGCACCAUCCAACAUAAAAUACGCGUACAAAAAGUACUUUCAACUGAAAAGUGCUGCUCUCGAAAAUUCUCUUCCAAUUUACGAUGUCGAUGACGAAUCAUUUGACUCUCCAGAACCAACAGAACAGGACAGUAUUGGUUGUACUGCACUCAGUCCCCUAUCAGAUUCUAGUUCCCAUCCUGAUCUGCUGCUACCAUCAUUGCCGUCCGGUCGGGAAAUCCAAAAAUUACUUUCACAAGCUCCGAGCAAAGACGUACAAGGCAAUGAGCCUAAGUUUUUAAGUCCUUUUACAGUAAACUUAUCUAAAAAGUUAUUUGAAAGUAGAAAAUUUUCAAUUAGAAACCCUAGAAAGUCAUUGUUAACGAAAUCACAACCUAUGAAUGAAGAAAAAGCAUGUAGUGUGGAGAAAGAGAACACUGAAAAGGAGUACACUCAACCUGAAUUAAAGAAACUAAACUUACCAGAUCCCAAUGAUUUUUUCAACAGUGCAUUAAAUAAAAGUGUCAUUGUUAACAGUAACAAUUUAUUCUCUGGGACUCAUUCUCAUUUAUCUAACCAACAUAAAGCACCUGUCACAAGACAUGUUAAUGAGGCUUGGCUUCAAAGAGCUACUGGUACAAACUGUGACAAACAACAAUCACAUAACUCCAUACCAAAUGCGACUGAUACAUUAAGAGAUCCAAUAGAGAAAUUUGGUAUAGCGAAUAUCAAGAUAUCAAUAUUAGCAACUAAUCCAGAAACAAAUAAAGAUUUUGUGGAAAAUAGUGAGUCUGAAACUGAAGACAUAGCAAUAGACAAAUUGAAGCCUGCACUUAAGAAAAGGAAAAUUACUUCAAGCAAAGUUGUAUCCACACUUCAUGAGAGUCAAGAUGAGACAUUGUACUACGAAGACAAAAACGAAACCUUAUUUCCAAUGGAUAUAAACUCUAAAACAAAUAAAUCAAGCAAAAUAGGGAAGGCAAAAAUUAGUGUAAGAAAUCGGAAGAAAACUGCACCACAUAAAGUACAAUUUGACAAAGAUGAACAGCCUCCAGAUAUUGCAGAAUAUUUACCAUUUGGGUUAGAUGAUAAACUGACACCACGUCUUCCUAAUCCCGAAGACAUUAUCUUAAAUGUUGUACAAUCAUCAGGUAAAACUAGUCAUAUUGAUAAAUCAAAAAAUAAAGAGGUUGAAAAGUUAGAAAAGAAAAUUCAAAGUGGAACCUUAAACGACAAUUUUGUUAAAAUUAAUAUAGAAAAGAAAGUUUUUGUUCGAGGGAAAAAGAGCAUUAACUUUUCAAAGUACAAAAAACAGCAAUGGAAGGAUAAAAAAGCUCUUCAUGCUGGUAUAGAAUUUCCAGAAGGAGGAAAAAUGGCUUGUUUUAAAUGUGGAGCACAUGGACACAUGGCUAGAUAUUGCACAGCCCAUAAAGGCGAUACACUGCUACCUUUGCAAAGUAGUGUUGACAGUAACAUUCCAACAUUGGAAGAUAUGCAUGAUAUUGUGUCCAAAGAAACGAAUACUAUGUCACUAUCUGAACAAUUAAGCAUGUCUGCAUACAUGUCAAGCCCAAUACCUGACUCAUUUAUGAAGCUUUUGACUGAGACACCUUGUCAGAGUACAGAAAUUAGACCUAUUUACUCAAGUUAUCAACAAGAAACUCCAACAGCUUUGUAUGAAGCUCUACAAAAAUUUGGGCAUAGUUUUUUUAGACCUGGACAAGAACAAGCAAUUAUGAGAAUUUUAUGUGGUAUGUCCAGUUUACUGAUUUUAUCAACAGGUGGUGGUAAAUCCUUAUGCUAUCAACUUCCUGCCUACAUCUACAGUCAGCAUUAUAAUUGUAUAACACUGGUAAUUUCUCCACUUGUAUCACUAAUGGAAGACCAAGUUUUAAGUAUGCCUGAGUUUUUAAAAGCAGGUUGUUUACAUACAAAUCAACCUCCAACACAGCGCAAAAAAAUAAUGCAAUGUUUAAAAGAUGGAACAAUCAAAGUCCUCUUAUUAUCUCCAGAAGCUUUGAUAUCCGGAGAUGGUUCUCAUGGUUUUGUUGGCUUAUUUAAGUCAUUGCCGCCAAUUGCUUUUGCCUGUAUUGAUGAAGCCCAUUGUGUUUCACAGUGGAGCCACAAUUUUAGACCAAGCUACCUGAUGAUUUGUAGAGUGUUGCGAGAAAAACUUAAUGUUAAAUGUAUUCUGGGUUUGACAGCUACAGCAAGUCAAGCAACUAUAAAAAGUGUAAUCAGUCAUAUUAAUAUUCCUGAUGGUUUGUCGGGUGUUAUUAAUAAUCCAACAUUGCCAGACAAUCUUUGUUUAUCAGUUUCUUUAGAAAAAGACAAAGACAAAGCAUUAAUAUCACUAAUAAAUUCGAAACAAAUUAGCUCUUUCAAUUCUAUUAUUGUGUAUUGCAUUAGAAGAGAUGAGUGUGAACGAGUUGCAGCUAUACUUAGAUCAUGUCUUCAAGAGCCUGGAAAAAUAAAUAUGGAGAAGCAUAACAACAAAAGAAAGAGAAUGUCUUAUAUUGCCGAAGCUUAUCAUGCUGGUAUGUCAGCUGCACAGAGAAAAAAGAUUCAAAAACAUUUCAUGGAUGGAACACUAAGGAUUAUAGUCGCCACAGUGGCUUUUGGUAUGGGUAUAAAUAAAGCUAAUAUAAGGUGUAUAAUACAUUACAACAUGCCAAGUAGCUUUGAAUCAUAUGUUCAAGAAGUAGGCAGAGCUGGACGUGAUGGAGAAUAUGCAUAUUGUCAUGUACUGAUGAAUAACAGUAAUAAUGAUAGGAAUGAACUCCUUAAACAUAUACAUGCAAAUACUAUAGACAGACCUUCUAUAAGAAAAUUGUUACAGAAACUGUUCAUCCCUUGUCAAUGCACUAGUGCUGCAAAUUCAAGAUGUAAGGGACAUGAGGUGGGCAUUCCUAUAGAUAGUACAGUAGAAGAAUUGGAUUUACCAUCAGAAAAUAUUUCCACAAUGUUAUGUUAUGUGGAACUGCAUACUAAGCAAUAUAUAAAAGUUCUUAACAAUGCUUACAUAAUGUGUAAAAUUUCUUCAUAUGGUGGACCACAAAAAAUUCUGGAAGCAACAAAGGAUAGUCCACCUCUGGCUAUGGCAUACUUAUUGGAGUGUAAGAAAGAUCCUGAAGUGACAAAAAGAAACAUUUUAGAAUUUGAUGUUAUUCAUGUCGCGUCAGCAAUUGGUUGGGAGAGUGGUAUGACAAAAUACCAUCUUAAAAAUUUAGAAUGGAUAACAGAAUGUGGUUCUUCCAGAAGAUCUCAAUUGAAGAUAGAGUUUAAUACCUUAGGUUUUAGAAUAAAAGCACCAGGAGAUUUAUCACCAAGUGAACUAGAUUCAAUAUUAGAUGAUUUGCAUGGUACUGUUCUUUUACAAGAGAAGGCGAUGUUGUAUCAACUAGAAGAGAGUAAUAAAGCUUUCAGUAAACUUGGAAACUAUUCAUUGGAGUCUAACAAUUUGCCAGAAGAGUCCCUAAUGGAGAAAUCCAAUGAAUUAAAAAAUACAAUAAGAAAUUAUUUCCAAAGAGAAAACCAUUUACCUACAGAUGUUACAAUGGAAGAACGACCUCUAGACGUAGAACGCGUUGCCUCUGAUGUUCGUGCCUUAAUAUCCUCAUACAGAGACUGCAUGUUUACUGGACGUAGUAUUGCACGAAUUUUUCAAGGCAUAUCAUCACCAAAUUACCCUGCUAUUGUAUGGGGCAAGUGCAAAUUCUGGCGUUCGCACAUACAUGAAGAUUUUUAUGGAAUAAUGAGAAUAGCGACACAACAAAUAAUUCAGUUGAAAAUUGUGUAA